CACCCGCCUUGAAGGGGAAGUGAUGAGGGUUGUGCUUUGCGGUUGAGAUUGUCGUGGCAGUGUUUUAGUGCAGUUCAGGAGCCAGUGUGCCACGGAUGGUUGAGUGUGCAAGUGCGCAAGGAGUGGCGCUGUGAUGGAGGGGCCGCAUGUGGUCCGCCCCUUGCGCCCUGCGCAGUGCCACGCCUCUCUGUUUGACCAGCUGGGCGGCGUGUUCGAGGCGCAGCCGUCGCGCUCGUACUCGGGGGACGACGUGGAGCCCGAAAGCCGCACUGAAGGGAACCCCCUCAAGCGCUCCUGGUCCUUCGACGAGCGCAAGUUCGGGCAGCUGGCCCACGGCAGCGGCGAUGCCCGGGAACGAGGCCCCGACGCCCGCGCUGCCCAACACCCGAGGGCCAUGAUGCCGCCGCCGCCGCCCCUCGACCAGGACACGCGCCGUCAGCUGGACGAGUUCGAGGAAGUGAUCUCGCGCAUGGAGACCAUGAACGGCGGCGACGCGUCGUCCCGCCACCACGCUAUGCCGCCGCCGCCCCCGCCGCCGCCUGCCUACCCGGGCGGCGCCCACGCCCAGCGCCCGCCCGCCCACCACCACCACUUGGGCAUGCAGCACAAUCUGCAUGCACAGCACUCUCACAUGCCGCCGCCGCCGCCACCGCCGCCGCAGCAGCAGCAGCAGCAGCAGCAACAGCAGGUCCAGCAACAGCAGCAACAAGUGGAGAAGCACGAGCUCCUGCAGGCUGUGCUGCAGCAUCACCAGCAGCAGCAGUAUGAGUCUGGCGCAGCCGGGCAGAGCGUGGGCGGCUACGAGUGUGGGCGCAGGGGCGGCCAGAUGGAAAUCGGCGGCGAGAAUUUCCUCUCGCCCACUAGCGAGUCGCAUCUCUCCAUCCCGCAACAGGUGUCCCCCCAUGUGUCUCCGCACGUGUCCCAGCAGGUGUCCCCGCACGUAUCUCAACAGGUGUCCCCGCACGUAUCCCAGCAGGUGUCUCCGCACGUGUCCCGCCAAGGCUCACCUCACGUGUCGCCGCAGGUGUCGCCCUUUACGUCACCGCACACGUCGCCGUCCGCGGCCGCCACGCCGCCCAUCCACUCGCGCCCGUCCACGCCCCUGUCGUGCCCGCCCUCGAGGCGCUCCUCCUCCGAGAUGGCGCCCUCGUCGCUGCAACUGCCCUCGCACUCGCAGUCGCUGUCACAGCCCUCCACGCCGACGCCUCAAGUCAAGAUAGAGGUGACGGGCCCGUGGGAGGGCGGGGGCGGGGCCAGCAGCAUGGAUGGGCGUGUCCUUGGCCUUCCUCCUCCCGCCCCGCCUUCCAACGUGAAGGCGAUGCCCACCACGUCGCGGACGCAGCUGAAGCAGCAGUUGAUGCGACAGCAGCUGCAACAGCAACAGGAGCAGCGCGACAGGGACGCGCGCAUGCAGCAGCAACAGAUGCACCAGCAGCAGAUGCAGCACUUGCAGCCAGGCCAGCAAGGGCGUCAGCCACACCAGCAACAGCAACAUCAACAGCAUCAGCAGCAGCAGCACCAACACCAGCAACAGCCGCAGCUGCAGCACCCGCCGCCGCCCGCGCAGCAGCCGCAGGAGCCCAUCGCCAUCCCGACGUCCGUGCCGCAGGAUGUGCCGCCGCAGGUCUUGCAGGUGCAGACGAGGCUGGAAAACCCGACCUUCUACCACGUCCUUCAGUCGCAGCGUCGGCAGGUGCUCCAGUUCCUGUCGGGCAGCGGCUCCCCUGGGGACGCUUCGGGCUCCGGACCCCCCCACCCGCACCAUCCUCCCGCCUGGCCCCACUCCGACCCCGGCGUGGCCAUGAAGCCUACUCAUCCCGGUGCGCCCAAUGCGGGCACGAGCGGCGCGGGCAUCAGCAGCAGCGUGGGCGGCGCCGUGGCCGUGUCGGCGCCCCGAGUGCUGGCGCGCGGCCCUUGCUCCCCGGAGGCGGCCUCCACCUCCCGCACGGCCGCCUCCACGCCCGCGCCCUCCACCGCCCCCGCCUCCGUCGUCUCCUCCGUCAUCUCGUCGUCAGCCGCCUCGCUCUCCGAUGCCUCUGAGGUGGAAGAUGUGAUUGACGAGAUCUUGAACCUGGAGGAGGGCUUGGACGCCUCCGACAACCUCAAGGCCUACGAUCAAGUCAACAACAUGCCGUCUUCGAUGAACACCGUGCCCGGGUCCAUCUGCGACUUGCUGGGCCUCAACGGGUACAUGGGCAAGACACCCAACUCCUGCCCGCCUGACCUGCCCCAAGUCAAGAACGAGACCACGCCCAUCAACGACCAGCAGAUGGUGGCGUAUAUGAAGGACAGGCAGAAGAAAGAUAACCAUAAUAUGAUUGAGCGAAGAAGACGAUUCAACAUAAAUGAUAGAAUAAAGGAACUCGCUACACUCCUUCCCAAAAGCAAUGAACCAUACUUCGAGCUGGUUCGUGAUCUGCGCCACAACAAGGGACAGAUCCUGAAGGCUUCAGUUGACUACAUCAAGAGGCUGAAACUGGACACAGAGUACAACAAAGAGGUGGAGCUGAAGCGAAGAGCCCUAGAGCAACAAAACCGUCAGUUGCUCUUGCGGAUACAGGAACUGGAAUCCAAACUUCGUUCAAAUGGAAUCAAAGUGGAAGAGACCAACAUCGACCAGAGUUUGCUGCUGUCUACAAUUAUUAAGUCAGAGGUGGUAAAUAACACAGGGGAACAAAAUGACAUGAAGAAGGUGAGGUGUAACUACAAUCUCCCUGGAUCCCUGCUUGACGAACUUUUAGACGACUUCACUUCAGGAGGCUUUAAUCUGGACCUCAUGGACGACGACGGGCCAGCAUUCACAAGUGACCCGGUGUUCUCUUCGCCUCAGGUCUCAUCUCCGAAUUCCUCUCAUCAUUCAUUUGAUGAUGCUCUCACUCCAGACUCCAUGGACAUUGUUGCGUGAUUGUAUGCUUUAAGAGCAGUGAAAAACAUGCAUAUCUCUCAUUAAAACAUGAAUUUGUUUUAAGCCAGCUUAGAAUAUACAAGGAAAAAAAUAGUACUGUUUGAAGUCACAUAUUUCUCACAUUAUGUUCAGCGCUGUAAUCAUUAAACAUAACCAUUAAUGUAUUCAAUUUUGAUUUAGAUAAAACACACACACACACACACACACACACACACACACACACACACACACACACACACACACACACACACACACACACACACACACACACAAAUUAAACUUCUUUCAGUAACUCUCUGUUUCUCCCAAUUCUGCUCUUUUGAAAUCUGCGAUAAGUUUGUUAAUUGUAUUGUUAUCUUUUAAAAAUGUUGUACCUCAAAGGUUCAUAGAGAUGUAAAAUUUUGUUGAAAUCCUGUAAUUGUUGAUCUAAAUUUGUACAGUACCAAAAAACUACCGAACCUUCAACUCCCCAGCUAAAUGGCUGGUUAAGCUGCAGAGGCUUUUAUAUGACCUUUUUCUAAGACAUUUCUCAGUCUGUAUUGAUUGGUAAAUUCUGAUGUUUAGAUCAAAAAGAUUAUUCAGUUCUUUUAAGAAGUAUUGGUGUACUUAUCGAAAUUGCUGUGUACCUCUUAGAAGAAUGUAACUGAUAGGUACCUGAUACUGAAUCCAUAUUACAGUAUAUUUUUUGCUAGUAGUCCACAUAAUUUAAUAAAUAUGAUAAGGAGAAUUACUAACUAUUUUUACUUACAUGAAACAUUUAUAGGUUUUAUUUUACCUCGUUGCUAGAGUGUACAGUUUGUUCCUCUGGCAGUUUCAAAGAUUUGAUAAAGCAGUCAGCAGGAGCACUUAAUAAUGAUCUUAUUUAGCACUUUAAACAUGAUUUUCACUUGCACCUUAAUUAUUUUCUCAACAACUUUGAGAACAGUUUUUUUUUCUAUGUUGCUGGCUACAUUGAGAGUUGCCAUAAAAUAUCAAUUUAUUUGUAAAUAGUUCUGUAAAUUUAUUUACUCUUACAUUUAAAAAAGAGAUGAAAUCAAAUAUUUUUCAUGCUUUUUUAAAAGAUUUUCCAAAAUCGCUAGUAUUUAUUUUGAAAUUUCUUUCAGAUGCAUAAUUUGUUAUAGUUGCGGUAAAGAUAUAUUUGACAUGGAAAAGAUCAUAAUUUACAAACAAGAUUUGAGUGUUUGUUACUUGUACAUAAAAUUUAAGCAGUGACACACUUUACAUGUAAGCCUAACAAUGCUUGGAACAUUAGUUUUGUCUUGGGCAUAAUUUUACAUUUAGGAAGGUGAAAUGCACUAUGAAUUUCUGAAAAUGAUGUAUGGUUACAUAUGUGAAACAAUGAAUUGUUCAUAUUCUUCUUUCAUACACUGUUGCAAAGGUAAAAUUGUAUAGAACUUAUUGUUAAAACUGUGAUUUAUGAACUGUUAGAAGAGCAAAGGUCGGGCCAGAACUUUACAGUGUUCCUGUUGUUUGAACCCUGACAUUUCUUUCUUUUUUUAUUUUUAUUUUUUUUUCUGUUAGCACAUUGUUAGUCUGUAUGUGCUCAGGAGUGCAUGGAUAUUAGUGAGAGUAUUAGAGUGCAUGGUACUGUAUGUGAUUUGUGCAUUAAAGAUUCAUCUCUGAUUCUUACAAUAUGCUUAUUUAAAGGUGUACAUAGUUUACAUGAUCCUUAGUUAUAAUUUGAAUACUUUUUUAUGUAGUCAUAUCAUUUUUUUUCUUCUUUUCUUUUCCUUUUUUCAUGUAUUUUUUUUUCUCUCUCUUUUUCUAUUAUGAUGAGACAUAGGAUGUAAAAGCAUCAAUUUUAUAUAAACUGUAUGCAGUGUUUCCUGAAGAUUUUUAACCAGUAGUUGCUUUUACAUCGUUUAUCUCAAAAACUAUUUAAUUUUAAGUGUAGCGUUCUUUAUUGCCACGACAGUUAUAGUGGCAGAAAGUAUAGAAUUUAACCAGCAAAGGGACGUCACUAACAUAGGAUUUGGAUGACAAAUAAAAAGGGUUGGCAGAAAGAAAUGAUAAAAAUUGCAUCACAGAUCUUGGUACACUUGAUCCUCUGAACUACUGGGGACACAUUGGAUCUGUGGUUUGAUAAUUUCUCUUCAGAAAGUUUUUCAAGGCAAAUGAUUUUGUCUAUAGACCAAUAAGAAUUGGAUUCCUUUUUUCUUAUCAUAAAGGUCCUAAUUGUUAUUGGAUAUGUUAUAUAUACAGUAUAUAUAUAUAUAUACCGGUUAUUUCCUCCUGUAAUUUACAGAAAAGUACAGUUCCCAGCCCUUUUAAUUUUGCUUUUAACUUUUGAUGCUUUGAUACCAGCAGAUCAAACGUUUAAUAGAGGCAGUGCCCUCACAUGAAGUCCUUAUAACUAAUGAUAAGACUGUGAAGACUCACACUAGUGCAAAACCAAGCAUGCUGUAGUCAUUAUUGGUCAGAGAUCUAAUAUUAUUUAAGAAAAUUAUGCAGUGAACCUUGGAAUAUGGAAAAGAGAAGCCUAUUGUUUAUGUGAUAUAUAUAUGUAUAUAUAUUUUUCUUUCUUUCUUUAUGAGUACUAUGUAUCUAAACCAGCCUUGCCUUAUUUCCUGUGUAUGGUUACAUCAUUAUGCACUGGACUUUAUUCAUUUCAAAGUAAUGAAAUAUUCCACAUGGGUUCUAAAAGGGAGAACAAAGGAGUAAUCAUUCAAGUACUAGUACCACAGACUGAAUGGGAAAGAGGAUACAAUAAUUUGAUAUGUAAUGCAGACUAGAGCUCUAUUUCUGGAUAUCACGCCAGUAUUGUCUCUUUUGGAUAGAGUGAGUUGUGAUAUCUCAAUUGGUCUAGUUCCGUUUUUAUGGUGUAAUAUCUUGUUUUUAUAUGUCAAUUAGUGGUGUUACCACAGCCUGAUGUUGUUAUGCUGAAGUGGUGUAGUCAGCACCCAUCAUAAGAAAAGACAAAUGGAAUAAAUUGUAUAUUUGAA